AUGGCAUCUCCUUCCAUCAACCUCACGGAGCGCGGUACAACAACCAGACAGUCCGAAUCCCCAGAGCAACGCCCAGUAUCCGCCUCCAUUCAGGAUGGUGGUUACGGCUGGAUCGUGGUCUUUGCCUGCUUUGUCCAGACAUUUUGGGUGAAUGCUUGGACGGGCUCAUGGGGCAUUCUCCAGGCGGCUCUGCUCGCGCAGAGCGCUAUGCGCGAGGUUCCCGCAAGCACGUUGUCCUUUGUAGGAUCGGUGGGUUUGUCACUGACCGUGGCCCUUGGGCUGGCCUGUGUCUGGCUGGCUGGCGUUAUCGGGGCGCGGUGGAGCACCUUACUCGGCAUCUUAUUGUUCAGCGCGAGCACGCUCGUCGGUAGCUUCACUGUUCGAAAUAUCGGCGGACUCUUCGCCUCUGGUACUCUCUAUGGUAUAGGUGCAAGCCUUAUGUACACCAAUUCAAACAGUUUACCGGUCCAGUGGUUCCACAAAAGACUUGGAACAGCGAACGGGCUUGUCAAGCUCGGAGGUGGUAUCGGCGCCACCGUCAUGGCUCUCAUUGUGCAGCUACUCAUCGACAAGGUUGGGGUCGCAUGGACCUUCCGUGUCAUGGCUUUGGCUUCUCUGGCGAGCGGCGUUCCAGCCGCGCUGCUGAUCAAGGAAAAAGAGCGGUCAUCCCCCUCGAUAAACCCGUCGCUCUUUCGGGACUUGACAUUCUUCCUUCUAUUCGUCGCUGGAUUCGUUGGAAUCUUCGCUCUCUACAUCCCUUCCUUCUUCCUACCAACUGUUGCAACCUCGAUCGGCUUGUCACCCUCCACUGCUGCCGCAGUAAUGGCCUGCUAUAAUGCCUGCAUGGCCGUGGGACGUCUCAGCUCCGGCAUUGCUUGUGACAAGCUCGGCGCGACCAACAUGUUGCUUGCGACCAUGGCCCUCAACGCCAUCACGAUGUUGGCUAUCUGGUCUGUGGCCUCCACUUUCGCGGUGCUCAUUGUCUUCGCUGCUCUGAACGGAAUCGCCAACGGAGCCUUUUUCGUUACAAUGCCCACAGCCAUCGGGAGGCUCCUUGGCCCGGGCGCCGCACCCGCUGGAAUCGGCAUGGCAGUUACAGGAUGGACCGUGGGUGACCUUUUGGGCAAUCCGAUUGCAGGUUUCUUGAUCACGGCAACGCACGCUGACCGGGGAAGCUCCAUUGUUCCGUACCGACCAGCAAUCUUCUACGCGGGCGGGACAGCGGCUGUGUCAACCGCUCUUGUUCUACUGGCUCGUCUAAAGAUGGACGCUAACAUUAUCAAAAAAUUCUAG